ACCAGAAGAGAGAGAGAGAGAGAGAUUUUCGUAGCCGGCCAUUCGAUUCAUCACUGCAUUUACUGUUCUUGUUCGUCCCUGAUUUGCUCUAUAAAGAUUCCUUUUCAAAUUUUCAUCCAUUCAGACAUCUGGUUUUGUUUCUCUCUCAGAUCUUCUUCCGCUUUCAACAUCUCUUUGACGCCGCUUUUGAUCACACUCAUGUCGAAAGCUGGAGCGUUGGAUCUGGCAUCGGGCCUUGGCGGCAAGAUAGAUAAGAACGAGGUUCUUUCCGCCGUUGAAAAGUAUGAGAAGUACCAUGUUUGCUAUGGAGGCGACGAGACGGAGAGGAAAGCCAACUACACUGACAUGGUUAAUAAAUACUAUGAUCUUGUUACGAGCUUUUACGAGUUCGGUUGGGGCGAGUCAUUCCAUUUUGCGCCUAGAUGGAAUGGUGAAUCUCUUCGGGAGAGCAUUAAGAGGCACGAGCACUUCCUUGCUUUGCAAUUAAAUUUGAAGCCUGGACAGAAGGUGUUGGAUGUUGGAUGUGGAAUUGGUGGACCACUUAGAGAAAUUGCAAGAUUUAGUUCUACUUCAGUUACUGGAUUGAACAACAAUGAGUAUCAGAUUUCAAGAGGAAAGGAACUGAAUCGUAUUGCAAAAGUGGAUAAGACUUGUGACUUUGUGAAGGCCGACUUCAUGAAAAUGCCAUUUCCCGAUAACUCGUUUGAUGCAGUAUAUGCAAUUGAAGCUACUUGCCACGCACCGGAUGCAUAUGGGUGCUACAAGGAGAUUUAUAGAGUACUAAAGCCUGGCCAGCAUUUUGCUGCUUACGAAUGGUGCAUGGCUGAUGCUUAUGAUCCAAAUAACCAAGAACAUCAAAAGAUUAAGGCAGAAAUUGAGAUUGGUGAUGGUCUUCCAGAUAUCAGGUUGACAGGAAAAUGCCUUGAAGCUUUGAAACAAGCAGGUUUUGAGGUUGUUUGGGAGAAAGAUCUUGCUGUAAAUUCGCCAGUUCCUUGGUACUUGCCUUUGGACAAAAGCCAUUUUUCACUGAGUAGCUUCCGUCUAACAGCGAUUGGUCGUUUCAUUACUAAAAACAUGGUCAAAGCACUCGAGUUCGUUCGACUUGCCCCAAAGGGUAGCCAAAGAGUUCAAGACUUUCUAGAGAAAGCUGCUGAAGGACUAGUUGAGGGUGGAAAGAGAGAGAUAUUUACACCAAUGUAUUUCUUCUUGGCACGGAAGCCACUUUCAGCCAGUGAGUAAUUUAACAGUACGUAGUUAACUUCUCAGCUGCUACUCAGUUAUGGAGUGUUUUCAGUCAUCUUGAAGAUUAUGUUUUUGGCUUAGUUUAACCAUUCUAUAGCGUUUCUUUUCCAUUUUUUUAGCGGGGUAAAGCUGCAUUUUGCCUUUUGCUUUUUCUGGAAUUAGUCUCAAGUGGGUUAUCUUUGUUCUUAGGAAGUUGGUUAGUCUGAGCCCUUCUGCUUUCAAUUUUCUUGUUCGUUCUGUUGAUGCAAUAAACGAGUUUCCAUUUGUUUUCUAACAAGGUUUUACUUGCUCGUUUCAUCGUUA